GCGGCGCAGGGAGGACAGCGAUGGGACGCAGCCGAUAUUUACCCCGAAUAAAUCAAACUAAAGCCCGGACUCAGGCGCUAGUGAUAGACGAGCGGUAGUCCCGGCGCCUCCGUGCCGCCUCACCCGCGUGUUUGCUCCGGGUUUCGCACGCAGACAGGUGCAGGGGAACUUCCCAGAGUUGUUCUUCCAGGGGGAGGAAGUUUGCGGCGGCGAAGGAAACAUAAUAGGAAACCGGGGAGGGCCAAAAUAUCCCGACAUGGAGGACUCCGGGUCGGCCCUGGAGAAGAAUGUGGCCGACCUCACGGUGAUGGACGUGUACGACAUCGCCGCGGUGGUGGGCCAGGAGUUCGAGCGGAUCAUAGACCAGUACGGCUGCGAGGCUCUGUCCAGGCUCAUGCCCAAAGUGGUGCGGGUGUUGGAGAUCCUGGAGGUGAUGGUGAGCCGGAGCAGCAUCAGCCCGGAGACCGAGGAGCUGCGGCUGGAGCUGGACAAGCUGCGGCUGGAGAGGCUGGACCGGCUGGAGAAGGAGAAGAGGCACAGAAAGGAGCUGGAGCUGGUGGAGGACGUGUGGCGAGGGGAAGCUCAGGAUCUGCUCUCCCAGAUCGCUCAGCUGCAGGAGGAGAACAAAGCGCUCCUCACCAACAUGUCCAUCAAAGACCCCAUGAGCGAGGAGGACCUGCAGAGGCACGAGGGUAUGACGGAGCGGGAGAAGCAGGUGAUGAAGAAGCUUAAAGAAGUGGUGGACAAGCAGAGGGACGAGAUCCGAGCCAAGGACCGCGAGCUCACGCUGAAGAGCGAGGACAUAGAGGCACUCCAGCAGCAGCAGUCCCGCCUUAUGAAGAUCAACCACGACCUGCGUCACAAAAUCUCCGUGGUGGAGGCCCAGGGGAAAGCACUGAUCGAACAGAAGGUGGAACUGGAGGCCGGCGCUCAGGCUCGGGGGCAGGAGGUCGGCGCCCUUCGGCAGGAAGUCGCGCGCUUAAGGGAGCGGCUUCAAGGAGAGCUGCCCGCCCAGAAUCCAGAGGAGCCCCCACCGCAGCCCCCCUCACCUGCAGAGCGUGGCAAAGCUGCUACAGUGGUGGCGGCGGCUGGGGGCUGGUCAGACAGGCCUGACCUCCCUGGGCUGAUGUCGGUCGGGUCUGACCCCGCCCCGCGGCCCCCGCCUGGUUCCCUCAGCCCGGGGGGACACGAGGACGGGGACGAGGAGGCUGAGGACGAGGCGGUGUUGCUCUGGGAGGCGAUGUGCGAUGAGGACAUGCCUGCCGUGUUCCAAUAUUUCACCAAGGAGGCGCUGUGCGAGGAGGAGACGGGAGGCCUGGACCCGAAGGACCCCAGCCGGCCCCGGUUCACCCUGCAGGAGCUGAGGGACGUCCUCCACGAGAGGAACGAGCUCAAGGCCAAAGUCUUCCUGCUGCAGGAGGAGCUGGCCUACUACAAAAGCGAUGAGACGGAAGACGAGAUCGCUACUCCCUCUCCGUCUCCCUCGCCCGAACUGAGGACUCGCUCCCGAUCUUCUGCCCAGCCAGAGUCAGGAAUCAGACGCCUGUUUAGCUUCUUCUCACGUGACAAACAGCGGACUUCGCAGCGGAGCGCGCAGUUUGACGGCGGCUUCGGCUCGUGGGCGGGGAAAGACGACGUGUACACGGAGCAAGCCCAGGAGGCGCUGCAGCACAUGUAGUGGCUGGACACCAGGCCCGUCGAGGUUACUCAAACUCCGAAACUCUUUAACACGCCAUGUUCGUCGCCCGGGGCCGCCGGCUUGUGGAACCAUCGACCGCGCAGCGAACCGCCGCUAGUGACUCACACUGCAGCCGAAAUAUCAUGUGCUUGAGGUGAGAGGACUGACGGGGAAAAAAAAAAAAAAAAAAAAAAAAAGGUUUAUUUAAGCACAUGGGAAUUAUAUAUCUCAGUCAGUGAUAGCACAUGCAGACUGUUCAGCUUCAAAUAUGACAGAAAGAAUUUUGGUGCCUGGAGGUUUUUUGCAGAAAUCAGACCGAUUCGUGUGAUUCGACAGUGGGGAGAGUAAACUCAAGUUGUUGGAUGGAAAGAGGAAGGUUGUUGCAAUUCAAGUGGUUAAUGAUGUGUUGCUGAAGGUCCAGAGGAAACGGCGGGCGAACGCUUCUACGCAGAUGAGGGUUUGGGACACAAAAGUGUGCGGUAAGUUUCUCUGUCUGGAGCUACACAACUCCAGAUGCGGACUUCAUCGCUUUAGUAGAAAAGUGAAGUUGAGUUUUCAAGGGUUUGCCGUGAAGGAUGAGCGUUUUGUAUCACAGCUCCCACAGAGACAAAAGGCAAACCUGCAAAGAAAACAUACAUUCGCUGUAUUUUGUAACUUUCUGAUCUGGAGUUUUGUUCUUUUUGUUAUGUUUUUUUUUUUUGAAAACGAAAGCAACACUUUUGUGUCCCUUUUUAAAUUAAAUUUCUGUCCUUGUUCGUGUGGGCAGCUAGUGGGUCCGUCACCAGCAUUCUGCCAAUUCGGACUGUGCAGCUCUGCAAAUUUAAAAAACAAAAAACAAAAAAAAAAACGGGGGCCUGUUCAUGAAAUGUUGCAUAGAAUCAAAAACCCAAAAGCUGUGUACAGAAGAAGAUAAAAGCACUUACAGAUGCUUUUAAUAUAAUAGACUUACAAUGUACUAUACACCAUGCAACAACAGCAACAGUAGGUAUGGAAGCCCAUUUCUGCCAAGACGAUUAAAAAAAAUGGCUUAGUUUAAGAAUGGUGAAAAUACUCAUCGCAAGUCAAACCGUUGACCCAAUUUAGUCCCACUCAAUCCUCAUAAUCUUGAUUUACUAAAUCAACAUUACGGCCUAUUUACCAAGCCUUUUUGGACUUAGUGUCCCAUAAUGUUGACUUGGUAAGGAUUCAUGGUUUUAACUUACCGUCUCGUAGUUUUGAUUUAGUGUCUCACACGUUGUACUUACCAGGACUUGUUUAAGACUUAUUUACCAGGCCUGCCUAAUUCUGACCUUCAGAGUAUCUCGUAAUUUUGAUUCACUAAUUUUUACUUAGCAAGUCAUUAUAAUUUUGACUCGGCGUCCCACAGUCUGAACUUAGUAUUUCAUUAUUUUGACUCGGUGUAUAAAAAAAUUUGAAUAAUCAUAACGUUGACUUUGUGCCAUCAGUUUUGAACGAUAGGUCAUAAAAAUUCUGACUCACUAACUCAUGAUAUUGACUUAGUUUCUCAUCAUAGUUUUGGUUCAGAAAGUGAAAAUUAUGAGAUAUUAAGCCAAAACUUAUGCAAAAUUUUAAAUUCCCAAAUAGCAAACAAAACAUCAGUAAUGUUAAUACAGUUUACAGAGUUAUAUGUAUUUCAUUUUUAUGUAUAUGGUUACAUUUGUCAUAAUUAAACGAAGAACAUACUGUCUGUUAAAAGGACAGUUGUUUCGCUUUUUGUCAUUAAUAACUGAAUGAAUUCUUUUUUUACAUUUUUUUUUUAUUGUGACAUGAACUUUCCACAUUACCACAUUAAAAAAAACAAAAGCAAAUCAAAACACAGCAAACAGAGCGAAAAGGUUUGUUUUAUUUCAGCGGUGUCCAGCUGAGGACAUGGUUCUGGCAAUAAUGAAUUCAAAGUGUUAUUAUUAGUUUCCAAGGAGAAGUGCAAAGGAGCUUUAAAAGGUGCUUUUUAAACAAUUGCGCUAAAGAAUUAAUUCAGUUAUUAAAGACAAAAAGCUGAACGACUGUCAUUUUAACAUGUUUUUUAUUUAGUUAUGACACAGCAAACGCAUACAUAAAAACGAAAUACAUAUGACUACGCAUGUUGUAUUUCAGUUUAUUUCUUUGAUUUUUUUUUUUUUGUUGGGGCAUUUUAACUCUUCCCUAAGUUUUGGCUGAGUAUCUCACACUUUUACUCACUAAGUCAAAAUUUUAAGAUGCUCACCGUCACAUAAUUUUGACCUCUGAGUGGGUAAUUUUGACUUAGUUACUCAUAAUUUUGACCGUUAAUGUUGUUUCGUUUAUCAUACCUCAUCUAUUCGUUAUCCUUUCCUGGCAGAAAUGGGGCUUCCACGAUUGUAAGGCGCGCUCCUCUCUCUUACUCGCCGUCGUUAUGAAAUGAACACAACUGUCCGCUCAGUGCCAGAGCGACGGAAUGCAAUGUGCGAAUUCUAAUAAAAUCCACCACUAACGGUGCCAGAUCUGCCGCUGUUCAGAGAUUACAGCAAUUUCUAGUAUCACCAGCCGAACCAAAGCAGGUUGUAAUAAAAUAACCUUCCUCUUUGGUGAUUAAGAAAAAAGAUGCAGUACAUUGAAAAAG